UCAGAUGCAGCUGGGUACCAGAAACUUGCGUUACAAUGAUAAUAAUUUCAUUUCAGGAAACAAAAGUUCAUGAUCAGAAGUUGCCUCAAGCAGUGCACAGAUCGUCUUCGUUCCUGGGACAGUACAUCAUGAUGUACAAUCAAAUGAUUCAAUGCUGUCAGCAGAACCUACAAGUACAAAAGACGGCGUGGUUGGAUAGCAUUUUGAAUGCUGUAAUUUUAAGAAUAAUAGAACUUAAACAGCACUUAGAGAAGUUAGAAGGCAGUCGCUUCCAAUUUCUUGGUUACGGCUUAAUCGAAGUACAUCACACAGUUUAUGAUAUCGGAAUGACUAAAAUACCAAAACCGUUAACGCGACCAGCACAUAUACAGGCUAAACUUGAAGAUAUAUUCGCAGUAGUUAAAGAAAAAAGGAUGAUGGCACAAAUAGAGGAAGAAGCGGCGGCGACUGUAGAGACAGAGAAACCAGUAGAGUGGUGGGAUGCAGAGGCAAAUGGGGAAACCACAAGCAAUAAAGAACCAAGCAAAAAAGAUAACAUACCAGAGGCACUACAGAUGACUAGAAAAUAUUUAGCUUUGAUAAUGGCACAUGAGAAAACUAGGUUUCAAGAUUUUCAGAUUCUGAUUUCUCAUAGACAAGUAAUAACAUGGGAUAAACAUCGAAAGCUAACAAGAGAAAUGUGGGAAAAAGACUUGAUGGGAGAAUUGAAACCAAAAGCUAGACCCGAAGUCAGAAAGAGAAGUGCUAAUCUCAUACAUACAGUAUUCAGAGUGUAUUUCAAAUUGAAAAGGGAACGCAUAGAAAGAUGCAAACGGGAUGAAUUGCUUGGAUUGAAUUUAUGUGAUGCUCCUAUUUUUGGUGUCCAACAAGAACAAGCAGAAGAGUUUUUCUACGACAUACCUAAAGAAGGUUCUGUUGCUAUCUUCAAAGGUGAAAUUCCCGAUCCUCUCGACUGGCUUAAAGAAAACACUGCUCUUGCACUGAAAAAAGAGGCUGACAAAAAGAAAAGUCCUCAGGAUCUAAAAUUUCAAAAACUGGAAGCAAAGAAACAGGCAAUGCUACAGAAAAGAGAAGAACAAAUGAAUAUGAAAGCAGAAGCGCUAUUACUAAAGAAAAUGAUGAAAAACCCGACAAUGCAUCCAGGCUAUACAUACCCGCCUUCAAAAUAUACUGGUGACAUCGUAAAGGCUAUAGACUAUUAUCACAAAUCUUGGGAUAUGUUUGAUGUAUGGGAAACUAUGGACGUAAAAGAAAAACAUGUUGACAUAAUCAAUUUAAAUGAUGCAAUAAUGCAAGUGCAGCUUGAGGUAUUACCUGAAGUGGACGAAGAAAUGAGGCAAGAACUUCGCAAACUAAAACAGGCUUUGAAAAAUGACUACAAAACGAAUGAAGAGGAAAUGCCUGUUAAUUUAACGAAGCGUCCUAAAAGAAAAAGAGUAAAGAAAGCGCCUAAAUCAAAAUUUGAUGACAAAGUAGUCGACAUGAUUGAGGUUAACUGUUUACAACAAUCUUACGUAUUUGAUGAAUGUGAUAGAAUACAUAAUACUUAUUUCCUACAGAAUCUCAUAGAACAAGGUUUUAUACUAGAAUACCCUAAACAGAAACUGGAAGAUUUUAUAGGAGACCCCAACUUUGGAGGAGAGGAUCUACGUGCACAAACUUUACCUGCAUCACCAUUUCACUUUGAAAUACGGCAGUACUGGUGGGAGAGAUGUCGCGACGUGUCUUGUGGCUUUCGCAGGAUGUUGCUAGUUGGACCUGACUGCAGCGGAAGAACUAACCUGAUCUAUGCGCUUGCGUCUGUCAAUGACGCAGUGCUGUUUGAGUUAGACCCUCACAAUGUGCAGGGAGGUUCACAAUCGGCUCCAUUUCUGAAACGUUUAGUAAAGAUGGUGGUCACUUGUGCCAGAGCGUUGCAGCCUUCAGUGAUACGUAUCAAAAAUGUUGAGAAACUGUUUUAUUCUAAGAUACCACCAGAAGAAGCAGAUAUGAAUCUGAAAAUCAUAAGGUCCUACUUUGUUACGAAGUUAUUCAAAACUAUCAAUAAGGCUGACAACAUUACUGUUAUUGGUAAGGUUUUUGUCAUCUGCCGUUUCCUAGACAUUACUGUAGAAUUUAAAACUAGAGUAACACUAGCUGAACAAGCGUGGCAGAGUAAAACGGAGAGAAUAACGAAAUUCUAUUGGUUACUAAAAAUGUCUCACCUCUGCUCCGCGUUGGUGAAGUUUGCGUCUAAAGCAAGGAUAUGUAUACUAUUUUCCACAGCAACUUGCACAGAGCCAUGGCUAGCGACAGCCAGCGCCCUUUUGAAGCAGUUUCCAGAAGUAUUGCUCUUGCCUAACAAUGGCUACUCUUUAGUAGUGCAGGUGCUCAAAGAAUGGGUUUACAGGAAUAAAGUGAUUCCUGCAGACUUGAAUGUGUCUAACUUAGCGCGUGUCCUACAAGGGUACAGUUUCGGAUACUUACAAGAUGCUCUGGAUAAAUUCAUGUCGGCUGAUAGGAUCGUCAAAAUAGCUGCUUAUGGGCUUAGUCCAAUGGAAGUGUACGAUUAUUUUUUGGAAGAUACAACGCAGACCACAGUUGAGUACGACAAAUACCUGGUCUGGUACAACGAGAAAACAGCUCAGGGUAUAAAGGAGGUUAAACACUUGGAAGACCAGAGAGAGUUCAAUGCUGCCUUCGAGAAAUAUGUCACCAAGAAGCAGAAGAAGAAGAAGGCUAAAUCAGCCCCCAGCAGUGCGGCCUUUAAAUAA